GCGGCCUCACCUUGAGGCGGCGGCAUGAGGCCUUUGGGCGCCAUCGAUGCGUGGGUGUGGUCACCCCACCCCCACUCCGUGAGGUCGGACCGCAUCCUGCUCAGGUGGGAGGAGCACUGUCAGGCGGCAGAGUGCAGCGUCACUCCCGGCGGCACCGGCCGCCGCCCCGGCAGGCAGAAUCGCCGCCGGCGUCCUCCGGCCGUAUAAAAGGCCUCGCUGCCGACCGACCUGCACACAGCUCUUCACGCAGCUCUCCAAACACUCCCAACAUGAAGCUCCUGGUUGUGCUGGCCAUCCUGGGAGUCGCCGCUGCGGCCGAGGACCAGAAGGCCGACGAGGCUACCUACGUGUCCACGUACGCGGCCCACCCGUACCCGCUGGCGUACUCGGCCGGCUACCCGCUCACCUACAGUGCCGGCUACCACGCCCCGGCCGUCUACAGCGCCGGCUACAGCCCGCUGGCCUACAACGGCUUCUACAACGGCGUCUACCACGGCUACACCGCCCCCGUGGUGCACUCGCUCAAGAAGCGUGACGUGUCGGACGCCGAGGACCAGCAGGCCGACGAGGCCACGUACGUGUCCACGUACGCCGCCCACCCGUACAGCCCGCUGACCUACACGGCCGGCUACCCGUACCGGGCGGUGACCUACAGCGGCCUGAGCACGCCGGCCAGCACGGCGCCGCUGGCCUACACCGCUCCGCUGGCCUACCCCUACCGCUACGGCUACUUCUAGACGGACCGACCGACCGGAGCGACGUGCCGGGCCGGCCGCUGCCGGCUGCAGGAGACCGGUGGCGCUGGGCCGAGCUGGGAGGCGCACCGGGACCCGUUGGUGUGUGCCCGGCGUCUCAGCUGCUCGUGCUACCAGAACACGCCACCGGUGCCGGAUCGCAGCGGCCUGCACGUGUUUUGACCCUGCCUGAGGAACUGUUGGACAACUCAUUUGUACUGCAUUGUUGGGUCAAUCAGAAAUGAUGGUAACAAAAUUAUGUAGUAAUAAAUGCAUAAAAUGUC